UGCAAUCCUGAGAUAAAUGUUGUUUUCCUGCCUGCAAAUACAACUUCAUUACUGCAGCCUAUGAACCAAGGUGUAACUGCUAACUUUAAAAUGUAUUAUGUAAGGAGGACUUUCGCUAAGGCUAUAAAUGCCUUGGACAGUGAUACAUCAGCAGCAUCAAAAGAAAAUAAAUUAAAAGCAUUUUGGAAAGGUUUCACCAUUCUAGAUGGUAUAAAAACUAUUAGAGAUGCAUGGGAUGAAGUUAAAGAAAGUACUCUUACAGGCGUUUGGAAGAAACUAAUUCCAGAACUUAUGGACAAUUUUGAAGGGUUUUCAAAUCCAGUGGAGGAAGUGACUUCAAAUGUUGUGUAAAUGGCAAGGGAGUUGGAAGUCGAUCCUGAGGAUGUGGCAGAAUUGCUUAGGUCUCAUGAUCAGCCCUUAUCUGAUGAAGAUCUUCUUCUGCUUGAAGAGCAAAGGAGGAUUUUUCAAGAAGAGGAGUCUCAUCCUGAUGAUAAUUCUGAUGUCCCGAGAGAAAUGACAACCAAGGAAUUGCAAGAAUAUAUCAACCACAUAGAAAUUGGAAUAGCAGGUUAUGAGAGAAUAGACCCAAAUUUCGAUAGAAGUUCUAAAGUCAAUGCUACUCUUAUAAAUGGUAUUGCAUGCUAUAAGGAAAUUCUAAGGGAAAGGAAACGAUAUUCUAUGAGCCAAAGCUCAUUGCUCUCAUAUUUUAAGAAAAUACCAGCCCCAUCUUCAACUGCAGAAAUUUCAACUUCAUCAGCAACACCAACCCCUGCAAGAGCUUCCGAACUAUCACCGAAACAAAUAAGAUUCGUUGAAGAGUCAGAUGAUGAAGAUGUUCCAUCUCCUUCAUCCUUCCUACUAUAAACAUAUUCAUUUUCAAAUUUAUAUUCACCAAUCACUAUAAGCUGAAGACGA